AUAUAUUGUCACGAGAGGGCAAGAUCAUGAAGAUACCCAAACUGAGUCCCAGCGGAAGUGGAGGAUGACGUCACACUACGUCACCUCGCCGGCCGCCUACCCUGGGGCUCGGGAGUAUCACGUGACGUGUAGCAGCCCUGGGAUUGGUGGCGGAACAGUUUGGGAGACAGAGUGGCGGGAAAACACUGGUGAGGGAAGAAAGCUCGCGCGUCGCCGACACUGCCUCCUGUACUUGUAUGUGCCUUUGUGAGCUGGAGCGAGGCGUCAAGAAGCCUUCCGAGGGUCGACAAGAGGCCCGGGGUGCCGAGCUACAGCAUAGGACUACUGUGUAGUGUGAGCAACGGAGAAUAGAGGGCCAGAAGCCGACAAGUGUGUUUUACUAUUCGCCUUCUGAGGGGAGCCAGGGGAGAACACGGAGCGCCGCAGGUGCCUCGAGGUGCCAGUCAUUUAUGAAGUGUAUAAAAGCAGAAACGGGUUUCCAGAAUAUGAUUUUUGCCCAAGAUCUUCCCUUCAGGAUACAAGAUGGCCAGUGAGGAGUGCAUUGGAGGCAAGGUGAUCCCAGUAAGGGUAGCCGUACGGCUGCGGCCUCUGAGCCACAGAGAGGUACGGGAAGGAUGCCAGCAAAGCAUUGAUAUCACCCAUGAUUCCCCACAGGUUGUGGUCAGGGGAACUGACAAAGCCUUCACAUAUGACUAUGCCUAUGCAACAGACUGCACACAGGGCUACGUUUAUGAAACUUCUGUGAAGAAUGUGGUUAAGAAUCUGUUUAAAGGUUACAAUGUAACUGUUUUGGCUUAUGGGCAGACAGGAUCUGGAAAAACCCACACCAUGGGCACAGCUUAUGUCCCUGGGAUAGAGAACUCAGAGGGUGCUGGCAUCAUCCCUCGUGCUGUUCAGGACAUAUUUGAGGGUGUUGCUAGUCAAACUGACAAUGAAUACUUGGUUAAAAUCUCCUUUAUUGAGUUAUAUAAGGAAACUCUCUUUGACCUUCUUGCUGGCAAAAGUAAUAGGGAAGAAUGUGCUGUUGACAUCAGAGAAGAUCCAAGAGGAGGUAUAAAAAUUGUUGGUGUUACUGAGAUACCUGUGACCAGCAUGCAAGAGACCAUGAGAUGUCUGGAACAGGGUGCAUUACAUCGGGCUACAGGGGCCACUGCCAUGAAUGCACACUCAAGCAGAUCACAUGCAAUUUUUUCCAUGCAUGUUGAGCAAAGAAAUAAAAAGAAAGGGGAGAGUGUUGUGUCUGCCAAGUUUCACAUGGUGGACCUGGCUGGCAGUGAGCGUGCCAAGAAGACUGGCGCCACAGGGGAGCGGUUCAGAGAGGGAGUUAACAUAAACCGAGGUCUCCUGGCUCUUGGUAAUGUAAUUUCAGCUCUCUGUGAGGAAGGAGGCAGAGGCCACAUUCCCUACAGAGAUUCCAAACUGACCCGAUUAUUGCAAGAUUCCCUUGGAGGCAAUUCCCACACAGUAAUGGUAGCAUGUGUGUCACCAGCUGACAGUAACCUAGAGGAAUCCCUCAGUACUCUUCGCUAUGCUGACCGUGCUCGCAAGAUUAAAAACAAGCCCAUCAUCAACAGGGAUCCUCAGGCUGCUGAACUGGCUAAGCUGAGGCAGCAGGUCAUGCAGCUGCAGGUUCAGUUGUUAGCUUCCAACAAUGGCAAUGGAGGAACAGUUGUGAGCUCCUCUGAGGAGAUGAAUGCUCUCCUGGAUCGGAACAGAGCAAUGCAGGAGGAGAUAAACCAGCUGACUCGUGCACUGCAGACGGCUCUAGAUGAAAACACCAACAUGGCAGAGAAGGCAAUCAUGGCGGAAAUGUCAAGAGAACGUAUGAAGGUGAAGAUGGAGGAGCUGCUUGCACAGACUGGAGUGACCUACGAGACCUUGAACAAGACUUUAGAUGUGUCUUCCAACCCACAGUUUGAGGAUCACAUCAACCUUGUCAAAGAAUUGCAGGCUAAAAUUAUUGAAUUGCAGAGUGAACAACACCGAGGAGCUAAGGCUAUAAUGGAUCAUGAACUUUCUCGCCACAACAUCUCUACCAACACCUCCAUAAUGCCCCAGUCAGACACCCCUUCCUCCGAUACCCCAUGUAAUGAGGUGCAGCAGGAGGGGAGCAACAUGGAAGAAAUGGCAAAGGAAUUUGGAACAGAAUUUACACUGAGACAAGCCAGGCUAAAUGAAGAGCUGCAGGGUUUGAAUAGAGCACUGGCAAUGAAAGAGGAAUUGAUGAACAAGAUGGCUGUCAAUGAUACACAGUUUGUGGCUAUGAGAGAACAGCAUGAAAAAGAAAAGAAGCAGCUUGAGGUCCAUAUUGACCUCCUCUGUAAGGAAAGAGAUGAACUUAUGCAGCAGCUGAAGGUGGCUGCUCAUGGUUCAGCUUCUAGCAAGGUGUCAGAACAACGACGAAAGAAAGUCCAAGAGCUAGAGGCACAGAUUGCAGAUCUUAAACAGAAACAGAAGGAGCAGGUGAAACUUAUACGCAUGAAGGAACAAUCAGAACAAAAGGUCAACAAACUGAACUCAGAGAUCCAGGCUAUGAAGGCAACCAGAGUGAAACUCAUCCGCCAAAUGAAAGAGGACAGUGAAAAAUUUAGACAAUGGAAGGCUCAGAAAGACAGAGAGGUUGCAAGGCUGAAGGAGGCUGAUCGUCAGAAACAAUACCAAAUUGUGAAGAUGGAACGACUUCACUCCAAAAAGCAAAAUGUUCUCCGCCGGAAAAUGGAAGAAGCCAUUGCUAUCAACAAAAGGCUUAAAGAUGCCAUGGCUCUGCAAAAGGCAGGAUCUGAAAAGAGGGCAGCUUCUAAAGACCUUGGAGGCACUGAGAAUCGUAUCAAGUCAUGGUUGGAUGGGGAGCUGGAGGUAGUGUCUGUUAAGAAGCAAGCCAAACAGUCCUUGGAGGUUCUGAUUGAGGAUCGCAAGUCCAUUUCUCAAGAAAUAAGCAAAACCGAGAAGGAAAUAAGUAGAAGCAAUCCUUCUUCAUCAAAAAUGAGUGAGCUGAAAAAGAAACUGGCCGACUUGGAGAGCUGUCUUCAGUUGAGAACAGCUCAGAUCAGUGAUCUUCAGGCCAAGUUUGUGGAUGAUGAUGAAGAUGGUUCAAACAAAAAGAGGUUUGAGUCUAUGCAAAGCAUGCUUGAAGCUAAAUGUGCCAUGAACUACUUAUUCCGAGUGGCAACAAACCAUCAGAUGAGUAAGAUAACACAGGAGGAAGACAUGAAGGAUCUGCAGACCCAGUAUGAUGAACUGGCCCAGUCAUUGGAUGCAAGUGAGGCACACUUGAAGAAGUUGAAGGAAACUCAUCGAGAAGAGCUGACAAGGAUGGAGAGAGAACAUGAAGAGAAAGUGCUUUUCCUUCUUGGACAGAUGUCAAAGACAAAGUCACAGGACUCUGGCAUGGCCACUGAACAUCAAGAUGAAACACUCAAGGAAAAACUUAAAUUCCAAGAAGAAGAAAUUGCACGUCUGUCACACCUUCAUGAACUACUUCAGGAUAAGACCAAGGAGUGUGCAGAGCUAAGGAAACAACUGAUCCAUUCCCCAACCACUCAUCUGAUGCCACCAUUAAUUGGGAAUUCAGAGCAAGGUCGACGUCGUACGUUCAUAAAGACCAAACCUAGCGAUGUGAAGGUAAAGGAACCCUUGCCAUACUUCUCAGAAACAGAUUCAGAAUCUGAGGAUGAUAAUGAAAUAAGCCAGAAGCAAGACCCUGAUUGGAGAAAAACGCCUCUCUUCAGGAAAAUCAAAUCUAUCACGCAAGGUACGAGUAAUAGUUCUGAAGGGGAAACCAAGAAAACGACAGGAAAGAGAAAUUCAGACGGAGAACUAAAGUGCAAGUGUAGAGGAGACUGCUCCACAAAGAAGUGUUCCUGUUGCAGAAAUGAGAACACUUGCAAUAUUAAGUGCAACUGUGAUAUUCUUAAGUGCAAGAACAGAACAGCAAUUGAAUCUAGUUCUUCAGAGUGCAAUAAUGAGACCCCUCUGAACUCCACCUUUGACAUCACAACAAUGCCACUGAAAGAGAAUAUGGCAAAAAGACCAAGGAUAGAGAAAAUAUCAUCUUUAUUUGAUAACUCUGGGGAGUCAACGAGCGAAAAUAUUCCCACUUUUGAAAGUGGGGGAACUGUCCUUGGCUCACCAGAAAUGUUUUAAACUAAUGUCAAGUUGAUAUUUGUAUGACAAAUAUGUAACAAAUAAGUAACAGGGUCUCUUGUGUAGCCAAGCAUGAUAUUGUUGAUCUCUGUGAGUGAUUGCUUCUUGUACCAUCUGUCUUCUGGAAUCUAGAGUAUAGUAAUUUAUUUCCCUUCAGUAAUGCUGUUUUUAGUAAUUUGGAUAACUUUUAUGGAAAUUGCAGUUUUAAGUAAUUUGGAUAACUUUUUUAAAUAAGUUCCCAACACCUAACACUUUUACAAAACAUCUUCAUAAAAUAUUGCAAAUUAUAUUCCUUACCAAGUUUAUUUAUUUAUGUAUUUAUUUUUAUUGUUAUUAUUUUAUUUAUUUAUUUUAUUUUAUUUUAUUUUAUUUAUUUUUUAUUUAUUUAUUUAUUAUUUAAUUAUUUAUUUUUUUAUUUAUUUAUUUUAUUUUAUUUAUUUUUUAUUUAUUCAUUUAUUAUUUGUUUAUCUGUUCAUUAUUAUUAUUAUUAUUAUUAUUAUUAUUAUUAUUAUUAUUAUUUAUUUAUUUAUUUAUUUAUUUAUUUUAUUUUAUUUUAUUUUUAUUUUUUUUUUUUCAUCCACAGAAUAAUCUAAUUAAUUAUGGAAGUCAUUCUCCUUUGGAAUGUGACAGUGUUCAGUGUUAAGGUCUUAUUUCUUUACUUCCAUUCUUUCCAUUAGGUUAAAAAAUAAUCUCUUAAAUACUUGUAUGUGAAAAUGACUUUCAAAUUUGGUAGGUAAUGGUUCUUUCAUACAACUGGCCUUCUCAGACAUUGGGUAAAUUUCAAGAAAAAAAGAAAAAAAAAAAAAGCAUGCUGCAAAAAAGAAUGAAAGUCAUGAUUUGUAUGUAUGUUGUAUGUACUGUGUCUUGCUGCUCAUGGAUCUUUGGGAUUUUAAAUAUUUUCCACAUGUUACUCUGAUAUUUUUUGUAUCAGUAAUUUUAUUGAGCCUUGUAGACACCAUAAGAAAAAUUUGCCUUGGUAGGGAGCUUUUUUCACACAGGAUAUUAGUAUCCUGGGUGAGAUUUAGCUUCUCAACUCCCUAAUAUCUUUUAAAUACAGUUCUUGACUAAUCAGACUAUCUUUUACAUAUUAACAAACCCAGAUAUAAGUUAUUUUAAUUUAAUGCAGUGAACAUGAAAUAAAGUAUUUUUUAAUAAUAAUAA